AUGACCGAGUGUGUUUCCAUUGAGAACAGUGGCCUCUCUGCGCGCUCUCGUCCCAAAGUAAAGGCAUUCGUACCCGUGCUCAAAAACGUUGACAAAAACUUCGUGAUUGGGUCCGAAAUUGAUGUCGAUAUGGCAAUUGGUCAUAAUUGGCUUGUACGAAAGCCAUUGAUUGCCAUAUUCAAAGAGGCCGUUAAAGAUAUCACCGAGAAGGAUCUUAAUUACCCUCUUGGAGUAGGGGGACCCUCUCCAGUGCUAACCGCUUUCGCCUCGUUCUUCAACCAAUUCUUUUCUCCGUCCAUUCCUAUCGAGCCAGAUCAUGUAGUCACGUUCUCCGGUGCAAGCACAUGCUUGGAUGGCUUACUAUAUGCAAUAUGUGACGAAGGAGAUAGCAUUAUUUUACCAUCACCUUUUUGGGCCGGCUAUGUCCCAUUUACCAAGUUCCGCGCCAAUGUCAAUAUUGCUACCACAUCAGAUGUUCCAUGGCGUUCAACCACAUCUAUCGACAUUGUGGCUGCGGUAAAGAAAGCGUACUCUAGUGCUCAAGACUCAACACGGAUCAAGGCAUUACUUAUGGCCAAUCCACACAAUCCGACUGGAAAAUGCUACCCCUCAUCGGUGAUUCGUGAGCUGAUGGUCUUUUGUAAAGAUAACGGGUUGCAUUAUAUAUCGGAUGAGAUAUUUGCUAUGUCUUCCUUCAGUAAAGAUGAAGAGGGCCAAUUCACUUCUGCACUGUCACUCGUUAGUGAUAAUGAGGAAAGCCCUAUGGAUCCAAGUCGUCUACAUGUGAUCUACAGCAUGAGUAAAGAUUGGGGAUCACCGGGUCUAAGAAUGGCUUGCCUCGUUUCUUCACGUAACCGUCCUGUUCUCGAAGGCAGUUGGAUCUCGAACUACAUGCAGACGUCUAAUCUAAAUAACGUCUGUGUCACGGCUCUCUUCCACUCUCCCAACCUUCCCUCUAUUAUUAGUUCUCUCAAAAAUCAACUCACACGUAACUAUGGAUGGCUUACCAAAGCGUUGAAUAGGUGGGGGAUUGAGUAUAUUCCCACUCAUGCUGGAUUUCAUAUCUUUGCAAGGUUGGUAAAAAAUGCACAAAGCUGGGACGAUGAAGCUGCGGGUGUUAAACAAUUAUUCGAUGCGGGUAUCAUGGUGACUCCUGGCAAGAGCUUCGGUGGUAUUGAUGGGGAGUUCGGAUGGGUUCGUCUAUCGUUCUCAAUUGAAGAGAAGAAAUUGCGGGAGGGAUUAUGGCGAAUUGGGCAGACUCUAGGCUUUGAAAAUGAUAGGGAAAAGUUUGAACAGACAUCUUGUGGUGUUUAA